AUGAGUGGCAUCAAAUUUCUCAAGCGCAUCUUUGCGGUCGCAAACAUGACGGACGACAGCGACGAAGGGGUCACCCUCCAGCGGGACCUCCCAUAUGAGGCUGGGGAGGAUGGUGACAGCGAGGAUGACCUGAACCUGGACGAGAUGUUGGGGUACAUGCAGCAGCUCAAGCAGAGCGGGGUUAAGCUCGGCAAGAAGAAGAAGAAGAAAAAGGGUCGCCUAAGCACUAUCCUAGCAAGCCCUAGCAGCGACGGUGCGGGACCAUCGUCAACACCUGCUGACACGGCAGCGCAAACUACGCCGGCCACUACGGCGGCCUUCACGGUUGCCGCCGUAACCGAGUUGGCCGCUCCAUCUGACAAUCCUAUGCCUCUCGCCGCAAGUACCGGAACCACUACCGAUGCAUCUGCUGCUGUUUCUAUUCCUGUUGGCGCGACCACCGAAAUCACACCCGCGGUGACAGUGGUCAACGCAGCAUCGGUCUCCACUCCAUCUCCCAACACUGCUCUCGCCUCUGCUGGUGCUGCAAAUCAAACCUCCACUGUUGUUGACGCUUCAGGCGUCACUGCCGUAGCCGCUGAUAACCCAACUGCCGGCACUGCCGCUGGCAGAGUUGUCGAAUCACCUUUGGGGUUUUCCGUUCCAGUAAACGCCCGAUCCAAUCACGCAGCAGCUGUUGAGGCCUUCCAGCUGCAAGGUCAGAUUGAUGACCUUCGAACAACCCUUCGGCAAACACAGGAGCGCGAGAGGGAGUUGUCGAACCUCCUCUCAGAGCGUGACGCCGAGGUAUCAGCGCUAAACCAGCGCUGCGCUGAGUUCAUCAGGCUGAACGAGCAGCUCAUCCAGGAUCUGUCCGCUGCUCAGGGUACGGGAGUACUCGCUGUACCGCGUCAUGUCCCUCCCACUUUCAACAUGGAUCGCAUCCCCCGCGACGCCAAUGGCGCUCUCAUCAUCCCCCCACUUGUCAGCCAUGAUCAGCAUUUUGGGAGAAAGGCAACCGAGGCGUUCACGUACCUGUUGUUGGAUGCGCCUGCACGUUCGAUGCAGUUCUACCCUGAGUGGGCGGAGUUCCGGGAGGUCGCGUGUAUGAAGUACGAGAACGCGGGCGUGCAGUCUGACGUAUUUUACUACGUCAUUAGCAACGACCCCAACAAAGAGGCGCUGGCCAUGCGGAAGGGCCGCCUUACCCCGGCACUGGACACUGCUGAGGCAGUGAACCGCCGGAAUGUUGCUCUGAAGAUAGACCACGUUGCGGCCUGGAUCAAGGCCACCUAUGACGUAGGGGAUGUGGCUAUCUGGGAAUACAGGCCUCCUGCUGGCUUCAACAUGAGCCCUGUCAUCAAGAUCCUGGUGGAGGGCUUAGAGUCCUAG